UUAGAUGGGGAAGAUUUACAAACCAACCAUCACACCAGAAUCUGAUGGAGUCGCCGAUUUUAUCACAAAUAGAACGUGAUCAGAUUUUAAGCAUGGAAGGAAAACGCUCCAUUCAUACUGGAGAGAAACCUUACACGUGUUGUGUGUGUGGACAAGGCUUCAGCCAAUCAUCAGAGCUCACAAACCACAAAUGCAGUCACACUGGGGCGAAACUGUGGAAAUGUGGGGAUUGUGGCAAUGAAUUCAUUUACCCAUCUGAGCUGGAAACUCAUCGACACAGUCACACCAGUAACAGGCCAUUCACCUGCUCAGUGUGUGGGAAGGGAUUCACUCAGUCAUCUCACCUGCUGCAACACCAGCUAGUUCACACUGAGGAGAGACCAUUUCAAUGCACAGAAUGUGGAAAAUACUUUAAAACCUCCAGGAACCUGACGUCCCAUCAACUAGCUCACAUUAAUGAGAGACCUUUUAAAUGUCCAGACUGUGGAAAAUGUUAUAAAACCUCUGGGGACUUGACAUCCCAUCAACAUGCUCAUACUAAUGAGAGACCUUUUAAAUGCCCAGACUGUGGAAAAUACUAUAAAACAUCUGGGGACCUGAUGGCCCAUCAAAUUGCACACACAGAGGAGAGAUCUUUUAAAUGCCCAAAUUGUGGCAUGUGCUUUAGAAGUCCCAGGGACCUGAUGUCGCAUCAACUUGCUCACAUUAAUGAGAGACCUUUUAAGUGCCCAGCCUGUGGGAAGUGCUACAAAACCUCCAGGGACCUGAUGUCCCACCAACGUGUUCACUCUGAGGAGAGACCAUUUAGAUGCUCUCUCUGUGGGACUGGGUUCAGGCGAUCAUCUGACCUCACAGAACACCAGCAGGUUCACACUGGGAAGAGACCGUACAGCUGCUCCGAGUGUGGGAGGGGAUUCACUCGGUCGUCCAACCUGCUGAGACACCAGCAAGUUCACACUGCGGAGAGAUCUUUUAAAUGCCCAGACUGCGGGCAGUGCUAUACAAGCUUCUGGGGACUGACUUGUCAUCAACGUGUUCACACUGAGGAGAGACCUUUCAAAUGCUCAGACUGUGGGAAGUGCUAUCGAAGUUCUGUGGAACUGAUGUCCCAUCAACAUGUUCACAUGAUGGGAGACCUUUCAUGUGCUUUCGUUGUGGGGUUGGGUUCAGGCGAUCUUCUCAACUCUCAGUACACCAGCGAUGUCACACAGGGGAGAAAGCAUUUACCUACUCCAUGUGAGAAAAACAGUUAGCUCACUUAUCGACCCUACUGUGACAGCAGAGAGAUCUCAAUGGGGGACAAACCAUUCACCUGCUCCAUGUGGGGUAAGGAAUUCACUUACACAUCAACCCUGCUGAGACAGCACAGAGUUCACAGAUCUCAACAGCAAUUGGACUUUGCUGUUCGUCACAUUCAGGACUGAAACCAAUGUGUUAAUAUUCUGGAUAAAAGUCAAAUGAUUAGCUUCGUGUUAAACACAGUGUGGCAGGUCAUUGUAAGGAUGUGAUCACAGAGGACCUGGAAGAGACAGUGUGGCUUUGUCAAGGGGGGUUGGGUUCAUGCCUGACAAAUCUAAUGGAAUUCUUUGAGAAGGUACUGAACAACCUGGAUAAAGGAGAGCCUGUGAUCUGUUGGAUUUCCAGAAAACAUUUGACAAGAUGCCAUACGGGAAGUUGCUAAAAAAGGGCACAAUCCUACAUCAUGUGUGGCUGAGAAGGGCUCCUCACCAAACCUUGUCCUGUCCGACCACUUUUCUUUUUUCUUUUCUCUUUUUUUUCUUGUGAAUCCUUGGAGCUCGGUCAUGCAGAUGGCAGUAUUAAAGGUUGGCCACAAGGAACAGGUCGCCAUCAGCAACAUCGUGACCUCAUCAAUGUCCAGAGCGGUGCCAGAGCUGGACACUGCUGCAAGCUGGUUGACACAGCAACGGAUCAUGGUAGUGCAUUGGGGCCCAAAAUGGGCUGGAUGGCAAUAGCGGCAGCAAAGGAUGGCUGCAGUGGCGGUCACAGUCAAGGCCAUUUGAGCGGCAGCGAGGCCUAGUGUGCCCGAUGAUGGUUGGAAGCUGCAGUCAGCUGCUGGUGACAACAGGCAGUUCCAUGCCCAGUGAAGGGGAAAGCAUGCUCUCUUGGGGAAGCCCAUCUUGGACUGUCUGCAGGCCCAUGUCUGAAGGAAGGAUUGUAGUGUAUGACUUUUGAACUUUGCAGGUAUUUCUUUUUUUUUCACUUUUACGCUGAGAAGAUUGUUGUGCUGAAGUUUUCAAAUUAUUUCUUUACUUUUCAACUUCUGUAACUAAGAUUUUGUGCCUGGGUACUUAAGAUACCACUGUGUGUGGCGACACUGUCCACUUCUCACUGUCUGCUGUAACCUGUACCUGAGAACAUAUGACAAUAAAACGUCAAUCUGAAAUAAUAUUCGGGCUCCACCGAGCCUCCCACUAGCCCCGCCCACGCACGCACGGAGUUUGGAGGGCAAGCCAGCGCCCAUUCAGUUCUAAGGAAUGGUCACCGGACCCGAAACGUUAACUUUGAUUUUUUUUUUCUUCACAGAUGCUGUCAGACCUGCUGAGCUUUUCCAGCAACGCCGGUUUGUGUUCGCGCCCAUUCCCUAGUCAGAGCGCCUGCCCCACUCUCGUCCUCUGGUUGGAGGAUCGUGAGCGUCGGCACCCGGCUAACCCCGCCCCUUUCUUGUUAUUGGUCGGUCAACUUUGUCAAUCAGGCGGUGGGUGUUGGAGUAU